UGAGCAAAGCAGCACAAGAUGACUUACAAAUCCCUAUUCUUUUCAUGGGAGCCUGCCUGGGUUGACCUCUGUGAUACCUUUUUUCAGUCACUUUUGAAUGGAGAUGGAGUGGAGUGGAACUGCACAUAUUAUUGAAGAUGCAAGCUGCCACGGUUGUAUAUUGUAGCAGUGCCUGCAGAAUGCUGCAGCUACUUUCACUCUUCAGCGUUCCUGGCUUGUGGAGUCAAAAGCCUCUGUGGAACUUGAGAUGGAAAUACUGACGUGAGUUUAGGAGCUUUGAUGCUUUCAGACACUGAAUUUUGAUUUGGCAAAUGACCGCAAAUAAGGUACUGCCUGAACAAGCUGAAAUGACUUGAAGACCUUUGAUUCUGCAUUCAUUCCUUCUGAAGCAAUGGUUUUCUCAGCAAUGUUGACACUGGCCCAUUCUGGGACCUCAAAUGCUACUUUUAUUGUUUAUGAAAAUGCCUAUAUGAAUUUUACCACUCCCCAGUUUUUGCUUCGUAGUGGCACAACACAGCCAUUGAAAUAUAGUUCAGGUACUGUGCUCACCACUGAGAGAAGUACUUUUCUGGUAAACACUACAGCUAUCCUGCCAUCGCAAGACGUUUUCAGGAGCUUGAGUUUGCCGCUCCAGAUCAUUCUUUCUGCUGCUAUGAUAUUUAUCCUAUUGGUUUCUUUCCUUGGAAACUUUGUUGUCUGCCUCAUGGUCUACCAGAAGGCUGCUAUGCGAUCUGCAAUUAACAUUCUCUUAGCAAGCCUGGCUUUUGCAGACAUGCUGCUGGCAGUGCUGAACAUGCCUUUUGCUCUGAUAACAAUCAUUACCACUCAGUGGGUUUUCGGGGAUACAUUCUGCAGAGUUUCUGCCAUGUUUUUCUGGCUUUUUGUCAUGGAAGGGGUAGCAAUUCUUCUUAUUAUUAGCAUUGACCGAUUUCUUAUCAUAGUUCAGAGGCAAGAUAAACUGAACCCUUACCGUGCAAAAUUUCUUAUUGUGAUUUCCUGGGCAGCGUCCUUUGUUGUUGCUUUUCCGCUAUCAGUAGGGAAUCCUAAUCUGCAGAUACCCUCAAGAGCACCUCAGUGUGUAUUUGGCUACUCUACAAGCCCAGGCUACCGGGCCUAUGUGAUACUUAUCUUGUUAAUUUCUUUUUUUAUUCCAUUCCUGGUAAUGCUGUAUUCUUUCAUGGGCAUACUCAACACCGUCCGCCACAAUGCAGUUCGUAUCCAUAGUCACCCUGACAGCAUAUGCCUCAGCCAGGCCAGCAAACUUGGUCUUAUGAGCUUACAGAGACCUUUUCAGAUGAAUAUUGAUAUGAGCUUUAAAACUCGUGCCUUCACAACCAUCUUGAUUUUGUUCCUUGUCUUCAUAGUCUGCUGGGCACCCUUCACCACUUACAGCCUUAUUGCCACAUUCAACAGCCACUUCUACUACAAGCACAACUUUUUUGAGAUAAGCACUUGGCUCCUUUGGCUCUGCUACCUCAAGUCUGCACUGAACCCACUGAUCUACUACUGGAGGAUUAAGAAGUUUCAUGAUGCAUGCUUAGACUUAAUGCCCAAAUAUUUCAAGUUUUUGCCACAGCUACCUGGCCAUACAAGGCGACGCAUUCGACCCAGUGCCAUCUACGUGUGUGGGGAGCAUCGGUCGGUAGUGUGAAGCUGCAGUUGUUUGACAUGAUGAUUAUUUUCUAGGAUUAUUUGUUUUUAAGAUUUGGUUGAUUUUUGUUUUCUUUAAUAUGGCUUCUUGAGUGUGGCCAUACAACUUGAUUAAAUUUUCCAAUACUCUGUGCAAUUUUGGGAGGAGAGAGAAACAGAGGGGAAGUGAUUGAUUAUAGUUGGUUUUACUACCAGAAUACAAUGUAAACAAAAUAACAAAUGUUACCUCUAGGAUUCCAUGGAAAUCCAUUCUUUUAAACAAAAAUUACAUUUGUAACACUUUGUCAGGUUUAUGCUUACUAGGCCUGCAAUUGCAUCUAAUUGUAGGGUUUUUAUGCUGCUAAGAUACAGUAUAUUCAGUUGGUGUAAUUUUUCCGAAAAAUGUUGCUGCUGCUUGCCAACAUAUUAGAGCCAAAAAGUCUCAUUAGAUAACUUCUAUUUAAUUUUAACAAUAUUUCCGAAGUUUUGAUGGUGACACUAGAAAAUUUUUCUUUUUUAAUAUUUCCAUUAAUAUUUUUGUGCACUUUACAAAACUUGCUACAGAACUUGUUGAUUGGAAUAUUUUGUUCUCUGUUGAAGGGGUAUUAUGAUUAUUAUUCAUUAUAUUGGUGAGUUUUAAUGAAAAACCCAUUUAAGCUCUAGGAGGGCAAUUUAUGCUGUUAUAUUUACACUCACAGUCACAGACUUGCUGUUCUUCUGACAGUCGAUCAACAGUAACAUUAACUGCUCAGUUAUUAGGGGAGUUGAAAGGAGAGAACAGAGAAGUGAAAGGGAAUGAAAAUGCCAUGUCCUGAGGUUUAGGCUAACACAAACUCUAGUGAAAGAGAGUUCACAUAAAAAUUGGCAUGGGGGAAAGGGUGGAUGUAGAUGUUAUUUUUGAUGAUAACAAACUAUCCAAAUCUAGUGAUGUACCUGAAAGUGUGGAAGUUGUGACUUUGGACCUACAAUUUACAUUGUGUUGGUAUAAUGAUAUUUCUGUUUGGAGCUCUCAUUAGGCAAGCUAUGCUCUAUGUUGCUGAAAUUGUGCUAUCAGAUAUUUGUUAGAAAAGAAUUAGGGAUAGUAGGGCAAACCAGCGAACAAACAGAACACGAACCAUAGUUGAGGCUUAAGAUUUAGUCUGCAUGCAAUGACUGGAGAAAAAACAAACAAACAAACAAGACUGACUUGUUUUGCAAUUUAAGUAUCAAACUGAAACCAUAAACUGGCAAUAAUGAAUAACGGCUAGCCAGCAGUUUGCUAUGGAUGGAGUUUAGUUGAACUCCCUCUUUCUCUCUGAUAUUACGUUACACUGAUUUUUUUUUCAUGACCCCUUUCCCCUUGUAGUGCCUGCUGCCUCAGGGGUUUGCUCUACUGUUGUCAUGUGUUAAAGAUCAGAUUCUCUACCUGAACCAUCUCUGAUGUCAGGCUGUCUUGGUACCUACCCUGAAAGUAGAAAGUCAAAGGUUUCCCUUGAUGAUAGCAAUCCAGAUUCCUGAACAAGGAAAUGAUGAAAGGUGAGUAAAAUGAAGGCUUUGAAGAGAGAUCCUUAGUUGCGCUGGGGCUAGGGAAGGAUGCCUGCAGAACUUGUGCAUCCUUGCAGGGAGUUGUUCAGGGCGGUCUGUGAUUGCAAAGAAGAGGAGUAAUGUACAUCCGAUUUAUCCAGGGCUGGGGUUCAGGGUUCUCUUGGCUGCAGCUCUUUUCAGCACUGCGAAGCACAGGGUCCUCUUCUUUGUUCUUGUCCCUGAGGAGCAAAUGUCUACGACAAGCUGCAUAAGGAUUCAACUGAAUGUGUGCAGGAAACAUUCUGCACUGCAUGGGUGUUGAGGGACUGCUUGCUUUCUGGGGCUAGUUAAGCAUUUACAGCACAAAAGUAAAUGUCUUCAGUGAAGAACUAAUUUAACUGUAAUCUCUGUUCCUCUCAUUGACAGCUAUUGGUAUAAAUGUUGAUUAUAUUCAAAUUCCAGGAAUGUAAAAGGAACAAUUUUUAAUUUACUCAUUUCAUUAAAAAAAAUUUUAAAAGCCUGUUAAUACACUGCUAGUCCAGGUUGUGGAUUCGCUGUAAAGGUACCCAGGAGGCCACUAUGUUGUUAAUGUCUGCUUUCCAUUCCUUGUCAAUUCCACUGGCGACGAUAUGGGUUUUGUGGUCAGAAUGAAAGGCAGUAAAGGAGUUCUGCUGUAAAACAAGAGUAUUUUAGUGUGUCUUUGCAAUAGAGCUUUUGUUUUUUCAAUUAUAUUUACGUGAAUAGCAGAAGUUUAUGACCUGGGUAAUAUGGAUUUUCUGUUUCAGAGCUGUCAUUCCCUUUUAUCUCUGAAAGCAGCAAAACUAUGCUUUAAAUUAACGUAAUUCAAUGGGAAUAUACACUGUCUGUGCUGGCAGGAGCAGGUAUUCUUGCUGUCUUCCAGAGCUACGGUAUUAGGGGUUUGAAUCAAUGGCAUAAAAUGUAGUGACUCAAGAAGGAAAGAUGAUGAGUAAUGCAGUAAAGCUAGUGAAAUGACUUUCUUGAAGAGGAAGGGGAAACAUUUUGGGGGGGGGUUUCAUAAUCUCUGAUUUGUACUUGCUGUGAAAUAGAAAUUGCAAGUGUCAAAGCUGAUUUUUCUGGAUAACUUGGUGUUUACCCCUACUCUAGCAGGGUUUCUGCUCAGAGCUGGAUCAGUUGAGGCUCAGAGAAAAAAAACCCUGGAUGGCCCAAAUCCAAAAGCAACUUAAAUGAUGCUACAGUAUUCACACUUAAGUUUUACAGAUGAUCACAGCAUACAGUGAAUAGAAGAGUGUUCAGAAAAGGAAAAAAGGUGGCAUAGAAGUAACCCAGGUUAGUUACGUGUUUACAGAACUAUUUGGCCUAUCGUGUCUAAUAUACUGUCUUUAGAGCAGUGCCUUGAUAAUUACAGCUGAAGUUCUAGGAUCAAGUUACAGACCAUUAAACUGCUUAGUCUUGCUCUCUGUGAUCCUGUCAAGAUGAGCAUAACAUUGUCUAUAUCUGUAAUGUUACAAGACAUACAUGUUGCCAGGAUUAGGGCUAUAAGGGCAUUUUAAUGGGUUUGACAAGUCAGCAUUUUAAAAAUUGAGAUUAGCUUGAUUCUUUCUGAUUCUACUGGGGAAUUAUAAACUUCUUCCUCUCCAGAAACGAUGUACGUUACUAAACUGUAUUCCCUUGCAUUAGAUUUUUCAGAAGUCUUUGGUAUGGAGUAUUGAAAUGAAUGUAUUUUUCAAUUAUGUUGUGGUUUAGCUCGUUCUGUCAAAGCAUGCUGCUUUCACAACUUUCAUUUGUACAAACCUAUUGCUAAAAUAGUUCUUUUGUACUCAAGGUUGUGUAUUUUUGACGUUUCUUGUUACUCCUAUAAAAAUAUGUAUAUAGAGAAGAAAAUUGUUUGGCCUCUUACUGCUUUCUGUUGAUUAUUUUUUCACUUGUAUGCUGGAUGCUUUUAUAUUUUCUCUUAUUUGGGCAUAUGCAUAAAUGACUGCCAGAUUUCAGUGGUCUUUCUGCAAUCGUUUGAGGUUUUUAAUUCUCAAGACAUUCAACAUUGCCCUCCUUGAAAGAUAUUCUGAUUUAUUUUUAUGUGAAAAAUAAAAAUUCAGAGCACAAGUUUGUUGUCAUUGGAA